AUGUCGUUUUUACUACGUGAAAACGCUACAUGUAGUGCAUACGCCGAUUAUCACAACAAUGUCUACACACGGCUGCCAAGGUAAGUGGAGGGGACGAUGACUUUUACGGUGGACGACAAAACGGAUUUUAAAUUAUUAGGUUGAACCGACAGUAUCGGGUCAAUUUUCAUUCACUUUUCAACUGAGAAUUGUUUCGUUACUAUUGGUUUAACCUGAUAUUUAAAAUUUUUUUUGAUACUUUUUAAAAAAAAUCUCAUUGUUUCACUAACUAUGUCUAAACAUAAACUUUCAGUGCCGAAAAGCGCUGUCUGCCCCACUUUGACAAAUCGUUAUGCUGGUACAACGUGAGUGCAGGCUCUACCGGUUAUCGCGAUUGUCCGUUCCAAUUCUGCAAAUCCAUACCCGGCUGUGACAUCAUCGCUAGCGAAUACAAAGUGAGCCGAGUGUGUCAGGAGAACGGCGUGUGGAACGAUUCGGUCUAUUCACAGUGCAUCGAAGUUUUGGAACGGCAUCGACGCUGCGUCGCUGGGUAUUGUCAAACUGUAAGUUUUUUUUGAAGAUCAACAAAUGUUUUUUAUGACUAGGGUAAAUUAAGACUUUUUUUGAAAAUUACCAAAUGGAGGUUAUAAUAUGUUUUUGGGUUUAAACCAACAUUUUACCUAAUUUCAGUGCCCAGACCCGCUUCGCGAGACGGUAAUAAACGUGUCCUUAACAUUAUCAGUGAUCUCGGUGGCAUUGCUCGUAGCAGCUCUAGUAUUAUUUUCAAUUUUUGACUCGAUUCAAUGCCGACGGUUACAAAUUCACAAAAACUUGGCCUUGGCUUUCGUUUUUCGGUUUGCGGUAUUGGCAGUAUGGACGAUAUUAAACUCAACAAACGCGUUUCAUGACUGUAACCAAUAUGUUCCACAACCUAUAAAGGGCUUGGUAUGUUUUCAACUUUUAAAUUUUUUUGCAGUAGUUAGUAUCAGAAAGUCAAGUUAGGUAUGUGGAGGGAAGAGAAUGUAUUAGGUUCCGACAUAAAGAACCCGCCAUUUUUUACAGGAAAUUACAGGCAAAGUAUGGAGGGUUCUUUAUGUCGGCAUCUAAUAAUUUUUAAAAACGUUUUAUUAUAAAAUAAUGUUGUUCAUAUUCAGGAAUGGCUAUGUAAAAUGGUAAUAUGGUUUGUAAUAUACUUCCAAGUGGCAUCAGUUAUGUGGAUGUUAAUUGAAGGCAUAUAUCUGUACAGCAGAUUUACUGUACUUGCCAUGAGGUACGGUGAAGCACCGUAUGCCGUUUUCUUGCUUACUGGAUGGGGUAGGUUGUUUUUAAACUUUCACUAUUUACAAGUUCAAAAACAUAUAAUGAAACUAUGGUAAUUUAUGGUUUUUAUAGAUAAAAAAAUAUUAUCUUAUGUAAAAUUUUAAAAUUUAGGUAUUCCAUUUGUUGUGGUGAUGAUAUGGACCUUUAUCCACUCAAACAUAACCUCAAAAAUACCUCAUUCUUACUGUUGGCUACCGUACGCCCAAGGUCGUCACCUGUGGAUUCUAGGUGGUACGAUGGGUGCCGCUCUACUCUUAAAUUUGGUUGUGUUAUUAGCUAUAAUUGUAAUAUUGGUGCAGAAAUUACGAACAGAAAGUGCUCAGGAGUCGAAGAAGAUUUGGAAAGCUGUAAAAGCAACUAUUUUGUUGGUACCAUUGCUUGGUGUGUCUAAUAUACCGUUGUUUUACGAACCAAACACCCCUGGGGCAAUCUACAUGUUGGGGUCUGCUAUAUUACAGCAUUCACAGGUAGGAUCACAUGUGUAAUAUAGUUUUUUUAAAUUUGAGCAAUAUAAAAUGUGAAACGUACAAAAUUUUUUUUAAAUUUGUUUUUUUAUAUAUAUAUGCUAUGAAUUUAUUUUUCAGGGUAUUUUCAUUGCUGUUCUGUACUGUUUUUUAAACGCGGAGAUCCAGGGAGCCAUCAAGAGGGAGCUGGCCAAAAUGCCAUUUUCCUUUAACAAACUGUAAGUUUAUGACCUAAUUUAAUAUUUUUUUACAAAAUUAUUACAAAUUCUACCACUAUUCAUCUUGUUUCUUUUUAGUUUCAACCAAAGAGUUCGUUUCGAAACCGAGCGAACCUACGUUCCAACCAAUGACCAAGCGAAUGGUCAGCGAAUGCCGUUGGGCGAGAUUCGCAAUGGCUCUUCUGGACAAGCUACAUUGACUUCAAAUGGUAGUAUCAACGUAGCACACAACUCGUCUUCAAUGCAACCGUUGUUGGAGAGUGGAGAACGUCAAGUUCAAUGUGUCUUAAAGUCAGUGGUACAAGGGGAUGAAAGUAAGCCUCCAGGUUUACGGGACGACCGGCCUGUACAAUUUUAAAGCAAAAUUGUGUUUUUGCUUUUUUAAUAUAAUAUAUACUUUUGGCAGUCUAAAAUAUUUACUGAUUUUGCAAUCUGACAGUUUUUUGUCAGAAUCUUAACUACAACAAAAAGCGUUUUGUUGUAAUAGCAAUUACCUUAUAUUAUUUAAAAAAAGCCAAAUAUUUUGAAGUACCAUACUGUAGUAAACUUUUUUACCGUCCUGUAAUUUACUUACCAAAUCUCAGAGCUGCCUUCAAUUGUAUUCAUCUUGUGCAUUCGGGUCUUAAUUCAAAACAACUACUUUUUUGAAUACCUUACAGUUUAUCUUAUGCAUUAGUAUCAGAAUCUCGGAAACAUUUGUUCGAUGAAACCUUCAUUCUUGUCACAAUAUAUUUUUAAGUGCCAAUACUACAUGGUUUUCGCUUAUUUUGCUUUAUAUUUUGUUGUAAAAACGGUUCAAAUGUUGUUAAUAUUUUAAUAAACAGUACAAAACUUAAUACGAUGUGGUGUAGGACAGACAUUUGGGUAUAUAACUCAUACUCUGUCAAUUAUUAGAAAAAGAAUAUUAUAAGUACGACUUCCGUAUUUUUUCAUAAACUUUGCUACACCGAUGAUAUAAUCAACAAUUACCAACAAUGAUAGAUGUGAAUGGCAUCAGAAAAAGAAACACACGGCGUAAUAACCAGUUUGGUCGUCUUUCCUCCGAAACGAGACUUAUGACUUGGGAUCCGUGGCGAAUGUUUUGCCUCUUCAGUCGAACUCAUCCGAACAUGUUGAGUCGAGUCAUAUUGGUGACGUUGGUGGCUACAGUUGGAGCGAAGGACUUGUUACCAGGUGUGUUUUUUGGCCUUUUUGGUACUUGAAAAAGUUGAUUUUAAAAAAUGUUUUUGAUUACAGAAGACUGUCACUGUCGCGACUGGUACGGUGGGUGUAGGCAACAAGGUGAUGGCUGGGUAGAUGAAUUUGUAUGGGCGUUCAGAUGCAAUAGAAAUGAUGGGUCAGUUGCAUUCAAAAUUUCUGGUUCAUUUGAAAAAUAUAAAAUUUUAAAAUUUAUAAAUUUGCAUAUUUUGUACAAAAAUUUUUAGGGGACCAGCCGACUUUACAGGCUGUAUGUUGCCAGACUCGAACCAAGUAAUUCCAGUAGGCAGCAAUCAGACUGUUAACGAAUUUUGGCAUUCUUGUGAUGCUAACCAAAUUCGGAUAAAGUAUGAACAAGGUACGAAAAUUUAAACUUUUUAAAACUAAAAAAAAUGCAAACAUUUAAUUUUUGACAUUUUUAAGAGCCAAAAUGCCUGAUUAAUGGUACUGUAGUUAAGCGAGUGGGUGAAAAGUUCCGCGAUGGCAUCUUUGACAGAAUCUGUCUAGAAUCCGGCACUUGGGUUAAAGGUAAGCAAUUAUUGUUCAAUCAUCUCUUACUUUAAUAUUUAAUGUAUUAUAUACCUUAAUAUUUAAUGUAUUAUAUUGUAGUAGACUUUAGAUUUGUUUACUUUUUAUUUUUAUUAUGCUUAUUUUUAUCAAUACAUAUUUUUUAAAAUAAUGUUAUUUUAAGUAAUUAAGGUUAGUUUAUACAAAUCUUUGAACUUUACAGGAUGUUAUUACCAAAACGAAACUCAAGAUUGGGUUCGACUGGGUCUAGGCCAGUCUGGUUAUAACGGAUUAGUCAAAUAUACAUGUGAUUUGUACAAAGACAACCCAGGAAUUGUGCAGUUUCAUGCUGAAGUAAGUAGACGUUGCCAAAACAAUUAAUUUUUUUAAUUUUUUGACCUUCCUCACCUUACAAUCGUCCUAUUACUUAACACACCUCUAUCCGUUUUUCUUGUUGCAGUCGAUUUGACCACAAACUGACUUUUUUAAUAUCAUUUUUUUACUUUUCAAUUCUAUUACAUCAUUUUUCAGAUCCGUGACGACGUUCCCCACAAAAGUCCACCAAACAAAGGCAUCAACCAAAAUCUACCACACCCAUACGAUAACCGGCUAAAACAAGAUCCAAUCAAGUGGAAUCACGAAAAUGCGGCCCAUUUCAUUGCCAAUGAUAACAAAUUUAAUGCGGUUAUACGGUAUCUACCUGCUAGUUUAAACAUCAACAAACCUCAAAGUUUUUUGUAA